CCCUCCAGGGCCCUGAUGCGCCUGACUUAUAAUAUGUAUAACUGCCUCCAACUCCCGCUCCUUCUCGUGUAACACAACAUAUCCUCCCUCCUAGCGAAUUGUGUCGAUUCGACCCCGCAUGUUGUACGCGCCAAGGAGAUUGGGUACCAGAGCUUAGGCGGUUGGGCAUCAAAGUGUAGUAGGAUUAAGCAACAGCUUGGUCGGGUCAAAGUAAACUCCAACCUCGACAACUGAGGAUAACACCUGGUUUACUACCGUUCUGAGGUUCUCAGCGCAAUUGUUAUAUCAUGGCGGCCCACGCCCCCAAUCCGUCCGACUCCAACACCCUCGUUCCCAUUACGAGCCCCACCGAUGCGACGGUCGAUAUCAUUGCAGUGCAUGGUAUCAAUGUUUGGGGAAACGAAACCCAUGCAGAAAAUACGUGGACCCACGCCGAAACCGGAGUGAAUUGGCUUCGGACCUUGCUGCCCACACUACUUCCUCGUGCAAGGGUUCUAGCUUUUCAGUACAAUGCGAAUGUGGUGUUUGGCACGUCAACGGCUGGUGUCCAACAGCAGGCUGUUAAUCUCCUCGGCUGCCUUAGCAUGGCUCGAAAGGAUAACCCAGCGCGUCCCCUCAUCUUCAUUGCCCACAGCAUGGGCGGCAUCAUUGUAAAGGAAGCCUUGGCUACUGCGUGGCGAGGGUACAACGCGUAUCCCAUGAUCUGGACCUUUACAUACGCCAUAUUUUUCCUUGCUGUGCCACACAAGGGCUCCUGCCACGCUUCAUGGGGACAAAUUCUCGCUGACAUUUUCAGCACGGCCACUCGUCAGCCUAGUAGCGCCCUCCUAGAAACCUUGAGUAGAACAUCACGCAGCUGGGAGGAGCUCAACGCUAGCUUUCAACCGCUUUACGAAGCAUUUAAGUUCUACACUUGGGUUGAGAGUCUGCCGUUUGGUCCAGGGCUAGGUGUCAUUGUUCCCGAGGACUCUGCUGUCUUGGGUUUGCCACCAAGCAGAGAAACCGUUCGGACCGCAAAUUGUGAUCACAGGGGAAUCUGCAAAUUCUCUGGGGACAAUGACCCAGAGUGGAUAGGCCUUGCUGCUAAUAUCCUCCAAGCAGCAAACAAAGCAGCCGCUACAAACUGCUUCACCCCGUCCAUGAAAUGUCGCCAGGCUAUGUUUGACUCUCUAGGACUCCAGGACGCAGAACAAGAGAUUCAUUCUCUCCGUGAAGCGAACAAUGAAGUCCAGCGGGUCCUCGUCCAGGGGAAAGACCUCUUCCUCGAGAUAGAGCUGACGAGAGGUCAAGCUCAAGAACAGCUUGCCUCCCUCAUUUUUUGGUUCUUCGGCGCUAUUGGCGCUAUAUUGCGCUUAAUCGUAUCUGUCAACUUGGCCUCGCCGGUCCAAAGGGCGAUGCUACGGGGCCCGCUCGCCCUUUUGCCGGCCAAAGAAACGGGUCUGCAAUACGUGCGUCAGGCCGAAGAGGCCGAAGACCAGAUCAUGAAAGUCGAGGAAUGGGCGAUUGACCGGCUUAACAAGCACCAGUGUAAAUUGCUCCGGGCCCUUCAUAUGCUCCAAGCUGCUGCCAUUAAUGCUCACGGCGAAGAGCGUAUCGGCGAAGCAAGUGUCUCGCAACGGACCAUAGCCGGCGAGCGGAAGAUCGAGCUCGUAAAGGAACUAGAGCACACCACAGCAGAGAUCCAUCAUUCGCAUCAGAGAUAUAACAGAGCCGAGGCUGAGAAGAGGAUGAUUGAAGAGGGACGAGCAAAGGUUGCCAACUUACCCGACUCAGAAUUCUGGAUUGGAACGGCUACAGAGAUUAAUAAGACUGAGGCUACGGUCAAGGAAGCCCAUAAGGAUGAUGAUGCGACGUGUUCUUGUAUAAUACUAUAGGACCAGGAUGGAGAACGACGCGCUUUCGAUACUAAAGGCAUCUACUAAGUUGUCACGACCUGAUCUCCGGGGUCAACCGUCUAAUCGGGCGCUGGGGUUUUAUAUUCUAAAUAACGUAAAUGCAUAGCGAGUGGGCC